GUUCAGUCAACAUCCUCUAAGUCUGCUCCUGCAGGUGGCGCUAAAGCCACCAGAAACAAGCCUUCAGUCUCUGUCAAUCAGACUGUUGUUGCUAAACCAACAUCCACCAGUGAAGUGAAACACGCCAAAGACAAAUCUCAAACCUCGAGUCAGGUUACCAAGUCAACAACAGCAAGUGGCUCAUCAUCAGACAAGGAAAAGGCUGGAGCAGCGUCGGCCAAUCACACCACCGCUUCAAACACUACCACUACUGUCACCAACGCCACCAAAGAAAGGUCUGCCCCUUCACAACCACUUAAGGUAGUAAUAAGUGAUGGCUGUGACUCAACCAAUGCCAAGGAGCGGGAGCUGAAGCUGAAGCCUGGAGCUCCUCUGGUGAUGACACACAAGAUAAGCUUGGUGCCUGGUGGCUGCGAUGGAAGAUGUGAGAUGGAGAUGGCAGAACUGAAGGGACGAGUGGCUCGGCUAGAAAAAGAGAUGUCCCUCUUCAGAGAGAACUGUCCCUGUUCUGCAAAUUGUCCAAAUGGCUGUAGUGGUAACGGUGAAUGCCAGAAGGGCAAAUGUGUCUGUCAUCAGGGGUACGUAGGUCCUGACUGCAGCAAAUGUGCUCAGGGAACCGAUUGUACUAAAAGUAAGUGGAAUUGCUUUUGUGUGAGUAAAACCAAGGAAACAGAUGAGAUUAUGACGCCACAAAAAAAGGACCAGAAGAAGGAACCUGAAGCUAAAGAGCCUGAGAGCAAGCCAAGAGUGACCAUUACUAACAAACCAGUUACCGUCAAAACACCAGUGAGACAAGAGAUUUCUGUGAAAAAGGUAUUGGGAACUAACAAAACCAGGACAGGAAAGGACACUCUAGAACAAUCAACACUGGCCGAGAAGAAUGACACCCAGCAGCCAGAAGCCAAACAAGUAAAGACAAUCAAAGUAGAAAAUACGAGCGCUCAGACAAACAACAACAGAGUCACUGAAGCCGUAAAAGGUAAAACUACACAGAAGAGUCAGUACAUAGUAAAUGCAACCACUGCCACAGCAGAUGAGACUCCAGCUUCGAAGAACAAGACGAGUACCCAUGGUACCGGGAUAUCCAGGUUGACUGGUGGAAACGGAUUAGGUUCUGUUAAGGUUAUGAACAUUUCCUCCUACAGUUUCAUUCUCACCUGGUUAGCACCACAGGGUUUGUUCAAAAACUUUACUGUGAUCCGAAGAGAACCUCGGGCAGAGGGGGAUGAAGAGGACCACAAAGACUUUGAAGAGGAAACUCUUGGAUUACACAAAGCCCCAGCAGCGAAGAACCCAGCAGAGGUCCAUGUGCAGGGUGAGAGCACGGACACAACUGUUGUAUCUGGUAAAAUCACUGGAUCCAGGGACAAAGCUGAAACAAAGAGGAUCUCCUUGGUCGUCCCCGGAAAUGUGCGCUCCGUGGAAUUCAGUAAUCUACAAGCAAACACCCGUUACGUCUUCAAUAAAAAUCUUCAUUUUCUUUCCUUAGGUCCUGAACCAGCCACUGAUAUGGUUUUUAGCGAUGUCACAGCGUCCUCUCUCACUGUGGAAUGGUCCAAACCAAACACCCCCAUCAGUGGGUACAGACUCAGCUACACCAACAUUGUCACAGGGGAGAGCCAUUCUGUGGCAGUGGACUCUCUGCAGUCUUCCAUGGUGCUGUCCAAGCUGUCGGCAGGUUCUUCCUACAUUAUAUCAGUCACUACAACACGAGGAAGUGUCCAUGGUGAAGCCCUCAUGUCUCUGAUCACGACAGCACCUGCUCCUCCAACUUAUCUACAAGUGGUCAACGUGACCGAUACCAGAGCUCUUAUCAAGUGGGUGCCCAGUCUGGGUAAAGUAGACCGCUUCAUCAUCAGCUUUGAGUCCUCCAAGACUCCUAAUGUGACAGUGACAGUGAUGCUGUCUGGAAACACAGUGGAACACCAGCUGCGGGGUCUACACAGAGGCACUUUGUACACAGUCAAGGUCCUGAGUGAGAGGGACGGUCUUCAGAGCAUGGCCACCUCAACCACAUUUACCACAGCUAACGUGGUUAAAGCCAGCGAGGUGGGCACACGUGAUGCAGUCAUAACCUGGAGAAGUUCCACUGUUGUCUAUCACAGCUACAGAGUGAUCUACCAGGUGGCAGGGGAAGAAGCAAAGGAGGAGAUCUUGGACUCAACCUUCACUGAGUAUAAAUUGACAGGGCUGUUGCCCAUGUCACGGUAUACGGUUCUGGUCCAAGGUGAAAGAGAUGGACUUUACACGUCUCUGGUCACCACUGAAUUCAUUACAGGCAAACUUCGAUUCCCUUUCCCAACGGAAUGCUCUCAGGAGCUGCUGAAUGGCGCUCUGCAGUCGGGUGAAGUGGACAUUUACCCACAAGGAAAGGAAGGGCAAGCUGUCAGAGUCUACUGUGACAUGGAAAGUGAUGGAGGUGGAUGGACGGUGCUGCAGAGGAGGAUGAACGGAAAGACAGACUUCUACAGAACCUGGAGCGAUUACAAAACUGGCUUUGGAAAUCUGAGCGAAGAAUUUUGGCUUGGAAAUGAUCUUCUUCACAACCUUACCAGUGUUGGUCCCGUGAGUCUGCGAGUCGACUUGCAGUCUGGAAACGACACGGCUUAUGCUCAUUACGCCAACUUCUCCGUCGAUUCCGAGGAGAGGCACUACACUCUGACGGUGUCCGGAUACACAGGCACUGCAGGUGACUCUAUGAGGUAUCAUAAUGGACGUCCAUUCUCAACCUGGGACAAAGACGUUGAUCCUUUGGAUACUCACUGUGCCAAAGAUUACAAGGGAGGCUGGUGGUACAGAAACUGCUACAAGACCAACCUCAAUGGUCUCUAUGGUAUCAACAGCAACAAUCAGGGUGUGGUCUGGAUAGACUGGAAAGGUAAAGACUCCUCCAUUCCCUUCACUGAGAUGAAAUUCAGGCCAUCCAGAUUCUCUCCAGCAACUCAUGGCUAAGGAUU